GCACCUGGGUUUGCUCGGGACGAGUUAUCAUUCCGGGGAGCGUUUAAAAAUUGGACUGGUUGGUUGAGAGGGAUUGCACCCACCCAAAAAAAAAGAAACCCAACCAAUACCACCUCCCCCCCCUCCUCCUCAUCCCCAUCCCCAUCCCCACCCGAUGGAGCCCCGCAUUCCACUCAGGAACCUGGAAGACCCCAACGCCUUCGUCCUCCAACCUUUCCUGGACAGCGUUAGCAGCAGCAACAGCAACAGACCCCUGAACAACCCCGCCAUCCUCCCCAUGGACCAGAUGAAAGCCAGCCGCGCCGAGAACCACUACGUGGACAGCCCGAUCGCCCUGCAGCCCGGCCGGCGGCGCAGCCUGGAGCAGCCCGGGGAGCUGGGGCUGCCCGCCUGGACCGCCCGGACCUGGACCACCCGGACCGCCCGACCCGGCUCCAUCGUCAGCAGCGCCAGCGGCUCGUCCGACCAGAGGCUGCUCGACCACCCGUCGCCUUCCCCGGUCGGCGAGCAGGGCUGCCCGCGAGCCUGGCAGCGACCCCAGCUCUCCAAGGGGCACCCACCACCAUCACCACCCAAGGGCACCCCCCACUCGCCGGGGGACGGCAGGCGGGCUCUGCUGUGCGAGUGCUGCGGCAAGUGCAAGUGCGCGCAGUGCGCCUCGCCCAGGACCCUGCCCUCCUGCCUGGUGUGCGGGCAGGUCUGCCUGUGCUCCCCUCAAAGCCUGGUCAACUACGCCACCUGCAUGUGCCUGGUCAAGGGCUUCUUCUACCACUGCGUCAGCGGCGAGGAGGAGGAGGAGGAGAGGGGGGACGGGGACGGCGGCGAGGGCAGGGGGUGUUGCUUGGGUGCCGACAAGCCCUGCUGCUGCACCCCCCGCGCCCGGGCCGGCUGCUGCGCCCGCUGGUGCUGCAUGGGGGCCGUGUCCCUGCUCCUGCCCUGCCUGCUCUGCUACCCGCCGGCCACCGGCUGCGUCAAGCUGUCCCAGAAGCUGUACGACGCGGUCAGCCGGCCGGGCUGCCGCUGCAAGCACUCCAACAGCGUGUACCGCAAGGUCCCGGAGUCCCCCGGCUGCAACGGUGGGGAGAAACCUCCUUGA